AUGGUAGGCCAGAACAGUGACAUCGCUGUGGGCAUAUGCAGUUCCCUCUUCAUCAGGUACCACAUAUACUUUGACUGCAAAAGGAGGAGUGACCCCAACUUCAAGAACAGGCUUCAAGAACGAAGAAAGAAACAGAAGCUUGCUAAGGAAAGAACUGGGCUUUCCAAGUUACAUUAUUUAAAAGAUGCUGAAGCUGUUCAAAAAUUCUUCCUUGAAGAGAUACAGCUUGGGGAAGAGUUAUUAGCACAAAGUGAAUAUGAGAAGGGUGUAGACAACCUGAAAAAUGCAAUUGUUGUGUGUGCACAGCCUCAGCAGCUGCUGCAGACUCUUCCUCCACCGUUCCAGAUGCUUCUGACCAAGCUUCCAACCAUUAGUCAGAGAACUGUAAGUGCUCAGACUUUGGCUGAAGAUGAUGUGGAAUGAGCCAGAUUUCAACACGAUAAAAUCUCAGUUAAAAAC